UUUAGCCCUCAUCCAGAACACUACCCUUGUUCUGGCCAGGUAGUGGCCUUGCGUGUCCCGUGAUGUCCCGCGGGCGGGAUCGGGUGGUGGCGUUGGCGGACAUGGACUGUUUCUACAUCCAGGUGGAGCAGCGCCUGGAGCCCAGUCUUCGCGGCAAGCCGUGUGCCGUGGUACAAUACAAGACGUGGAAAGGCGGCGGGAUAAUUGCUGUGAGCUAUGAAGCUCGUGCUUUUGGAGUUACCAGGAACAUGUGGGCUGCUGAUGCCAAGAAGUUGUGCCCAGACCUUCUGUUAGCUCGCGUGCCACAGGCUCAUGGCAAAGCAGAUCUCACUAAGUACCGAGAAGCAAGUGCUGAAGUGAUGGAAGUGAUGUCACGCUUUGCAGUGAUUGAGCGUGCUAGCAUUGAUGAGGCCUACAUGGACCUAACGAGUGCUGUGCAGGAAAGGCUUCAGAAGAUGCAAGGACAGCCUAUUGCAGCAGGACAGUUGGCAACCACCUAUAUCCAGGGAUUACCAGAGAGUUCUGCAGCAGAAGAGAACACAGACAGCAAAGAAGAACUGCGGCAGCGUGGCUUGUGCCAGUGGCUUGACUUGUUGCCUUUUGGAGAUCCUAGCAGUCCGGAGCUGCAGCUGACUGUGGGGGCAGUAAUUAUGGAGGAAAUGAGGGCAGCUGUGGAAUCUGCCACUGGUUUUAGGUGUUCAGUUGGAAUUUCUCACAACAAGGUAUUAGCAAAACUGGCCUGUGGCCUCCACAAGCCCAAUCGGCAGACUCUGGUAUCGCAGGGUUCUGUCCCUAAGCUGUUCAGCAAGAUGCCAAUCAGCAACAUCCGCAGCCUCGGAGGGAAGCUAGGUGCUUCCGUCACUGAACUUCUGGGAGUGGAAUACAUUGGACAGUUAAUCCAGUUCAGUGAAUCACAGCUUCAGACACAUUUUGGAGAAAAGACUGGCUCCUGGUUGUAUGACUUAUGUAGAGGGAUUGAGCAUGAACCAGUAAAACCUAGACAAUUGCCAAAAUCCAUCGGCUGCAGUAAGAACUUUCCUGGAAAAUCAGCAUUGGUUACUCAGAAGCAGGUGCAACAUUGGCUGCUGCAGCUGGCCUUGGAGCUAGAAGAGAGACUUAACAAGGACCGAGACCAAAACAACCGGGUAGCUAAACAGCUGAGUAUUGGGAUCCGUUUGCAGGGUGGUAAACAUGGCAAUGGCCUAUCCCGCUGCUGGGCCCUGUCUCAUUAUGAUUCCCAGAAAAUCAGCAGAGAUGCAUUUGCUAUCAUCCAGAAUUACAAUACAGCAGGAGGCCAGCAGGCUGCAUGGUCUCCUCCAAUCACACUUCUCCAGCUUUCUGCAAGCAAGUUUUUGGAGGUUUCCACAGCAUCCUCUGACAUCACUACCUUCCUGAGUACUGAUAGCAAGUAUACCCAGCCCAUUAGUUUCAGUGCAACUAGCCCAAAUACCAAGUCUCUUGGAAGCCCCAAAAAGGAGACCAGCAAGAAGGCUGUAAAUGCAAUUCAGAUUCUCUUUCAAAGAGCAGAAGAAAGGAAACAAGCUCAAGCUACAGCUGGGUCCUCUUCUCCUGGUGCUACUAAUGCAAAGACAGUAGCGCCAGCAGUAGCGUCCACUUCAUGUCAUAAAGAAUUCAGUCCCAUCGACAGCCGUAGUCCAAAUGAUCUUCUGGAACACAGCAUCACCAGUGGGAACUCUGACUUGCAGCACCAACUGUCUGUAGCACAGUCUUUGUGCAGCUCUAGCGCAGGCCCUACGGAGGCCACUUUGCUUGAAGUUAACACUGCAUCAGCAAAAGCAGAAGUGCUCAAGGAGGAAACUGAUAGUGGAACUUCUCCCACCAUUACUGGGGACCAAAUCUUGUGUGAAAAAUGUAACCAAGAGGUGUCGGUGUGGGAGUAUUCGGAACAUUUAGACUAUCACUUUGCUGUGGAGCUGCAGAACUCUCUCUCAGGACCCGGCUCUGUCAGGCUACCUGGGGCUGUUAGCAGCCUUCCAACUAAGGGCAAAAGUAAACCAAGGAGCCCCAUAGCCUCUAGUGCCAAACGGGCAAAGAAAGACAUAGCUGGGACACUGGAUUCAUAUUUUAAGCGUCUUUCUCCUUAG